UGGUGAUACUUCUAGUGGUGGUGGUGUUUCAAAGGAAAAGGAUAAGUUUUUUGAGAAUGAAAGUUUUACCCAAGUUUUUUAUGAAUGCAUUCAAGCAAUGCAAGAAGAUGCUGCUGGAGAUAUGAUAAUUGCAGAUGAUAAGAAUGAUACAGUAAAUGAGAAUGAGAAGACUACUGGGAAUGAUGUUGAAGAAACAAUGUUAUGUAUACUUAUCUAAAUAUUUAUUUUAUUGCUUGGUUGGUUUGUUAUUUUUUAUUUUAUAUUUUAUAGAUGUUUAUAUUUCUGUUAAUAUAUAUAAUUAAUAUUUUCUUUUUAUUAAUUUUUGUUUUCCCUUUUUGAUAGGAAUCUGAUUUUGUUUCCAUUGGAGUAUGAGAAGUGGAAGAGAAAGUUUAGAAUUCUUGUUUUGUAAACCUGUUGUUAUUAAUUUGUAAACUUUUAAUUUCUAAGUUAGUUUUGUACAAGACUUUUCCAGAGCAUGUAUAAACUCUGUUAUGUUUUUGUAAACUUAUGAAUUUUGGAAUUUUUUGUUUGGCAAUUAUUCUUUUUUAUUAUAUCUACAACUUUUUUUUCCAGAGCUAUGACCAGGUUAUUUUGGUUUCAUGAUUUGUAUUUUUUCAAGGUAAUGUAUUCAUGUAUUUCUGUAUUAAUUUAUAAAAUUUUGUUUUUCCAUAGAAUAUUGUCAAACCUCAUGAUGAUGUAGCUGAUGUUGUUAAAGAUCUAGAAGAAGAGGCUCAUAUUUUUAACAACAUGAAUGUGGAGAUUUUUGAUAAAGUUGUUCAUGCAGCUGUUGGUGAUUUGGCAAAGAAAAAGGUAACUAAACAAGGCAGAUAUUGUAUUUUUUUUUUCUUUUUGCAAUAUUUUCCAAUAGUUGUAUUAUUGAGUUUUUCAUAUUAUUUUUGUUUUUAGGAAGUUGUUAUGGCAAUACCCAUUGCUGGUUCUUUGAUGAAUCCAGUAGUUGUGUCUACUCCUGUUGUUGGCAAAAGGAAUCCAAAGCCUACUACAGUUUUGCAAUCUCCUUUUGUGAACCAAUUUGGAUCAUCUUCUUCUGAGGAUAUGAAACAUUUGGAGGUUGUGAAGUCUAAAAGGAAGGUUGUGGGACGAUAUGCUUUUGGAGACAAUCUUUUUGAUCUGCCUAAUCAAAUUGACCAAGACUCUUUUAACAAGUGGUUUUCUCUGCGGCUGAGAACAAAUAAUAAGUAUGCUUCUAUUUUUUAAUUGUUUUUUUAUUUAUUUUGUAUUUCAGUUUCUGUUUCACCAUAAUUCACUUUUAAAUGUUUAUAUUUGUUAUAGGUAUAAGAAAUUUGAUGAUAAUAAUAGUAUCAUUAAGGAGCCAUUUCAGUUUUGUGUAACUGAGAUUGAGAGAAAAAUUUGGUUUUAUGAUUUAGUUAAAGAUGGGAGGGAUUUGGACAAUGAGGUAUUUUUUUUCCCUUAUUAUUAUUAAGUUGUUUUAGUUUUACUGUUUUCAUUAUUCUUAUUAUGGUUUGCUUCUUGUUUUUUCAGCAUAUUAAUGUGGCAUUUUAUUACCUUAGAAAAAAAGCCAAGUAUUGUGAGUUGAUAAAGGUUAGAGUUACUACUACAGAUAACUCUUUUGAUCAAGUUAUCACUGCUCUGUAUGAUGUGUAUCUGUCAAGUGAUUGUGAUCGAUCUGUUAUAUCGAAUAACAGUGUUUUUUUUUAGUAUAUUUGUGGUUAUAAAAUGCUUUGUAACACCCCUUGGUCGCUAGUAGAUUUCGUUUUAUUCCCUAUUAAUAUGACUGUUGUUGGCUGUAAUCAUUGGAUUCUUGGGGAGUUCAACGUGAAGGAGAGAUUUUUUAAAGUCUACAACUCAAUGAGGAAUAGAGUUAUGGAUAAGAAAGUGUUGAAAGUUGUUGAAGCAUAUUCUACUUUGUUGCCCUUGUUUCUUUCUUUAAAUAAUUUUUAUGAGUCAAGGGAAGAUAUUGAUCUAAAUGCACAAGCAUUCAAGGGCAUUGAUAUGUGUCACCCGUUGGACAUUGUGUUUGAUGAUGAGGUUCCACAACAGAGUAACAACGAUUGUGGGAUUUUUAUCAUAAAGUUUGCUGAAUCUCUUAUGCAUGGACUUAUUGAAAAUAUCCCCAAUCCUCUGAAUGUUAGUUUCCAGAGAAACAAAAUUGCAGUCGAGCUAUAUGUCCAUGCUAAAAGAAAGAAAGAUGAAGGCUAUCUUUCUGAUGGGGAGUUCAGAGGAAGAAUGAGCAAGAAGAUGUUGAAUAUUAAUGCAAUGGAAGUAUGAGAGCAUCAAAGUAGUUAACAUUUUGGCUUUUAUCUUGUAAAGAUGAUACAUACUUAUGGCAAGAUAACUUUUGUGUUUUUGUUUUGCAAACUUUCAAGCAAGUAUCAUGUUUGAAUAUUUUUAAUACUGUGGCUUAUCAAUGAAUUUUGAUAUUAGCCCUUUUUUAUGAGGAAUGUUGUACAGAGGUGUCUCAAGUUUGUAACUUGAGUUCACAACUUUAUUUUUAUAUUUCAUGUUUUAGGUAACAUCUGUUAAA